GUCCUUGUUUACUACCGGGAAUUUAAAAUGGUUGAAGAUGCCAAAUUUCUGAAAAGAAAAAUACGAGCUGGUUCCAUAGAUGUGCAUCCAACAGAAAAAGCACUUGUUGUGCACUAUGAAACGGAGGCUACAAUUCUUGGGGAAUUAGGAAAUCCAAUGGUUGGAGAUCGAAAGGAAAGCCAAAAAAUAAUUCGGGUUAGAAAUCUGAAUGAAAGCACAAAUAUCCCUGAACUGGCCAAAAAGAUUAUUUCAAGUUGUAAAUUGAUAUCUGAAAACAAAUAUCCACAAGUUGAACACUUACUAAAGUAUUUGCUGAAAAGAAAAGAGACGAAGAAAGUUAAAAAUCAAAAAUCAUCGAUCAUAUCAGAAACACUUGCCGAUCCUGGAGCAUUUGAUUCGACUGAAAUAAACGAAACUGCUCAUUUAACUGAGCUAGAUGAUUAUUUAGAACUACUAUAUGAAGGUAUAUCAGAAAAGCUACGUGCCUCGGCCUUAAUUUUACAACUUGCGAGAAAUCCUGACAAUUUAGAGGAGCUGUUUCAAAAUGAAACCCUUGUUGGUGCUUUGGCAAGAGUUCUGCGUGAAGACUGGAAAAAGAGCACGGAUUUAGCAACAAACAUAGCCUAUAUAUUCUUCUGUUUUUCUUCCUUCUCAAAUUUUCAUGGGGUAAUAUUACAUUUCAAAAUUGGUGCAUUAAUUAUGACCAUCAUCGACCAUGAAUUAAAGAAAUAUGACUUAUGGGUGGAAGAACUAGAAAGAAAACAUAAAUUACCGAACAAUAAAUCUGAGACAAGUUUGACAACGGAUGAUAAACCUUUGGUGGAUGAAGCAAAAAAUAACUAUGAGACAAGCUUUUUGAAGUAUACAUCACUAGUCAGGAAACAAGAACAGCUGUUUAGGGUCUCCUUUUACUUACUGCUGAAUAUCAGUGAAGACAUUAGUGUUGAAAUUAAAAUGCACAAUAAAGGAAUAGUUAGUAUGAUUUGUAAAUGUUUGAACCGAGAUAAUUUCGAACUGUUAAUACUACUUGUCUCAUUUUUGAAAAAAUUGAGUAUAUUCUCUGAGAACAAGGAUGAAAUGUUAAAAAAUGGUGUAAUUGACAAAUUAUCCAAAAUGUUAUGUAGACCAGAAGAGGAUCUCGUUAAUUUGUGUUUACGUUUGUUAUAUAACCUUAGUUUCGAUACAUCUGCUAGACUAGAAAUGGUGUCCAAAGGUGUUUUAAAUAAAAUUGUAGGAUUAUUAGAAAAUAUUCAUCAUCAACCAGUAGCAUUGUACAUACUAUACCAUUUAACAACAGAAGCUCAAUCGAGACCGGCGUUUGUCAAUACACAUUGUUUAUCAUUCCUUAAGAAGUUAAUACUAGAAAAUCCUGAAGAGAAAUCCGAUUUAAUUCCAAUGGCUCUAGGUAUUAAUUUGGUAUUAGAUAAUCAAUGUGCAAAUGUUAUGCUUGGUGAAGGUCGAUGUUUUAAACUGAUGAGUAAGCGUGCAAUAAAAUUCCGUGACCAAUUAAUCAUGAAGUUACUACGUAAUGCAACAGAGAACAAUGAUUUAUUAAAACUAAAGAUGGUAGAUUUUCUGCCAGAAUUAUUAAAAAUUGUGACUGAAGAAAAACCCUUUUUGAUGAAUACACCAAGAAAUCUUUGUCCUUCUACAAAAGCAACUCGAUAUGAUGAUUUGAAGGUAAGUAAUAAAAAUCAAUUGAACGUUGAGGCAUUGAACUCCAAAACCAACCAGAACAACACUUCAAGUUUAUUAGAAAACCGCUUAAAAAUAAAAAUUCACAAGACUGACGACGUUAGUAGUGGUAUUUGUGAUGAAGAUGAUGAUAACGACAACAAAAAAGAUGAUGAUGACGACGAAAAUGAAUUUAGAAAAAAAGAAGAAGACUUCAAAUUUGAAUGUUUAGGUUGUUUAGCUAACCUCAAUCUUAAGGAUAUUCAGUACGGUAAAGUAAUCACCGAAUUCAGUUUGCUGAAAUGGAUCAAAAGCCAACUGGAAAGCGUACAUGUUCAAAAAUCGAAUGAUUUGUUAAAUACAACUUCCGAAGUUAUCAAUGGUUUCGGACCAAUUUUUUCAUCACCAAUGUUUCCCAGUCAUCCAGAAGAUGAUGAAAUUUUAGAAAUUGUACGAAUGCUUAGUGCCAUAUGCCAAGAUCCUGAUGCAGGUAAAAUGGUAAUUGAAGCUGGAAUCGUACACAACUUGAUCAGUUUAUUGAACGUUAAACAGGAGGAUGACGAAAUUGUUUUUCAAAUCGUCUAUACAUUUUUCCAGUUAACCUUUCAUGAACCAACAAGAAAUCUGUUAGUAAAAGCGACACAAGCUGUUGCUUAUCUUGUCGAUUUGAUGCAUGAUAAAAAUGCCGAUAUUCGAAAACUUUGUGAUAUUACCUUGGAUAUUGUUUGUGAAUAUGAAGCUGAUUGGAGAAUGAGGAUUCAAACAGAACGUUUUCGUUGGCAUAACAGCCAAUGGUUAGAAAUGAUUGACACAGCAACCAAACCUAGUCUUCUUGAUAAUUCAGACUCGACAACUGAGGCAGCAUUAGCAGCUGUCCUUGGUGUCGGUCAUGCUCGAUCUCAAUAUCACUCAAAUUUAUUAACCGAUGAUGAUUUAAAUAAUAUUGUUAAUAGAGACGAUAACGAUAAUCGUGGUUACUUUGGAAUGGGAUUGGACAUUGAUGAUGCAGCAGCAUUUCUAAUGUCACUAUCAUCAAAUAAUGAGGGACGUAAGCGAUCAGCAGGAGGUGAAAAUAUUUUACACAUACCAUUUGAAAACAAUAACUAUAUGAAUCACUUGAACAUGUUGUAUCCAGAUAUGUAUGCUGGUAUAAACUUUUUAUCCAAUGAAAGAGUGAGUCCAGCCUUGACGGUUAACAGUCAGUAUGACUCGGAUUCCGAUACUACUCAAAAAGGAAGCGGUUCACGGUAGGUUUUAAGAUUUCAUUAAUGAAUGCAACCUGAUCUUUAAUACCGUAGUUGUCAGUGCAUUUAUUUCAAGAAGCAUUUUUACCAUUUUGUAGGUUCUACCACGUGCAAACUAAUUUCUGUAGGAAACCAACACUGAAUACUACUAACAUUUGUAUACACCUCACCAUCAGUAGUUAUACGUUAGCACAGAAAACUAAAGCGCAUUACAUUCGCCUUCCGGAUUGCAACCGGUGGGCCUUAGAAAGCUACUUUGUUCAUUUUGGUUAAUACAUAAACAGAUACAAUACAUUUUUUGUAGUUAAACUAUGUGGUUUGGAAACCCCCUAUUGAAAAAAGACCUUUCGAUGCUCAACUUUUUCUUAGGAUUUUCAGGUUUUGAAUUUUGUUAACAUUGUGUUGCAAAUUUCUGUUAUAAUGUAAACUAAUUCUUUCAGGAAACUCCUAGUAAAAAAUGAAUUCUCUUGCAGUAUGAAGCAAAUAGGACUGUCACCGUAUGUAAUUUUUUAGUAAAAUCAAAAUUAAAUUCCAGAAAUCACUGGUUGCUUCAUUAUACUUCACUUACUAACCUUCUUACACCAGCUACCCCUCGUUGACGAACAUGGGACACCCAUCAGCUUUCUCCAUCAAACUCUGUUCUGGGCAAUCCUCUCCAGUUGUUUCUAACUGCUAUUUAUUCUUUUGAUGCCUACAUUAAAUUCCCGACUCUAUGUGUUCUUUGGCUUUCCGCUUUUCCUUUCGUCUUCAGGAUUCCAAGUCAGGAUUUGUCUCGUGAUGCAGUUUGAUGACUUCCGCAACGUAUGUCCUACCCACCUCCAGUGUCUUUUCCGAAUUUCCUAUUCACCUGGAAGUUAGUUUGUUCUCUACAACAGUAGGUUGUUGCUGAUGUUAAUCGACCAGUGGAUAUGGAGUAUCUUGCGUAGAAAACUGUUAAUAAAUACUUGUGCCUUCUUGAUGAUGAUUUCGUAGUUCUCAAAGUUUGGGCCCUGUACAGUAGAACUGUCUAGAUGCUAGUAUUGAGGAUUCUGACUUUGAUAUUGGUUAACAGUUGCUUUGAUUCCCAUAUGUUCUUCAACUGUAGGAAUGCUACCCUUACUUUACCAAUCCGUGCCUUUACAUCUGCAUCAGAUCCUCCUUGUUCAGAGAUGGUACUUACUAGGUACGUGAAAGUUUUUACCGUCAUGUGUGAUUGGGUUGGUUGGUAUUCUCUGUGUUAUAUUUAAGGAUCUUGGUUUUCCCUUGUGCAUGUUGAUGCUUACUGAUGCAGAGACUGCUGCUACACUGUUUGUCUUGACCUGCAUUUUUGGUGUGUAUGGGAUAGGUAGCUCCAUAUUUGUUCUAAGACUACCGUAAUUUGACUUGGUUGUUUCUAUUUAGUAAAGUUUUGCGUAUACUCUUUGUAAACUGACAUUGAAGCAAACUUAAUCGGUGAUGUUAAUAACAAGACAUAUGACUAGCUAAAGGCUUCCGUACGUAUACCUUUGUUUAAGGACCUGGAGACUUGUAAAUAUCUGAAUAUUGUAUCUACCAUCAUGUUUAGGAUCUACCUGUUUAUCUCUAAGUUCUCUGUUCUUGAGUUUCGGUUAAGGAUUCCAUCUUAUAAGAUCUAGGGUUCAAAGAAUUUAAUAAAUCAGGAUUUUUUCCAUGUAUUUAUCGCAAGUGAGUUUUGUUCCAGUUUCUAAGGAAAACUAUUAUUGAUAAUUUGCAUAUUUUGAUUCAAAGAUCAGUUAUCUUGAUUCAAAUGUCGAACCGAAAUAUCUAAUGGUUUCCUUAAUUUGGCUAGUUUUCAGAAGGAUUCUAUGUUACAGUAAAGUGAAUGUAAUUAAAAUCCAGUUGAAUGACGCCUCUGUCAUUUCAGUUAUUGAUUGUGUAAAAUGAUGUCGUUUUACAGUCUAGAAAUAUUUUAUUUUGGUAAGGACCAGUUAAGAGUCCUUCAUUGACAUCUAGCACACGUUAAUCGACAUUUCAAGAACUUUAAUCACCUAAUGUUAAUACCAUGCUCUUAUCAAAUCCCAGUAGAGAUAACUAUAAGACCACUUACAGUCUCCUAUCACAGUGCAAAUAUUCAUACCGAAUCCUUUAAAAGAUGUAGCUCUUAAAUCAACGUUUCUGGGACAGUGGGACCCGAUGAGAUAAAGGUUUUAGUUAGCUGAUCGUAAUACUGAUUGAAUAUUUUGACAAUAGCAUAAAGACCACGCAUAUAUCUCCGUAGUCAAAGUUACCUUCCCAUAAUUUAACCUAGCUUGGUAUGAAUUAACGGAUUCCUAAAAUCUGUGUUAAUCUUUUGUUUAUUACUUAGUCAACAAUAUGUUUUAACAAAACACAUCUUCGUAUAUAAGAUGUGAUUCUUUUCAACUUAAUAGUAUUUAUUACUGCCCUAAGACUUCGAUGAAAAGCGUAACUAGUGAAGUGAAUACAUCCUAAACGAAAAUAAGUUUGGAUAAUUACUGACUUUCCGUAGGAAAGUCUAAUAGCUGACUGUUUACAGUUUGUCGAUUUGAUAAUUUACUUAACCGCACCCAACUCUACUAUCUUAGAGAUCAUAACAAAUUUAUAAAAACUGAUAGUGUGUAAUUCUGUCUUUUCUACAUUUAAUCAAUUCGUCAAGUACUGUGGAAAAUAUUUGAACUACGAAAUUCAAUGUAGGUGGAUAGAUUUGGACUAUUUACUUUUAUAUCUUCUAACUUUAGCAUAAACUCCAAACAAAAAGUUUGCGUUACGACUCAGUGCUUGUGCAAUUAGAUGAAAUACUACAGUAGAAUAUACUGUGAAACCCUCUAAGACUGUAGUUACUAGUCAGAUUCCCAAACCUAAGGGAGUGGAAGACUGUCUACAUGAUACUACAUUAACACGAUAUAUAUAUAGAUAAUGCCGUUUGAAGGAGUGUUUUUCAGACCAAAUUGUGAAAAACUCUCUGCAUAUGUUCUCCAUUUGCUAUAUGUCCCUUAUAAUUAAGGUCAAAGAGAUUUUAAUUACUUUACUGUUAGUAUUCUCAACUAAUAAUUUGGAUAAUGAGUUUAUCUACAAAUGAGUCUGAACAAAGCAAAAAGUUAUGAAAUUGAGACUAAUUUAUGGUUGGGAAAAUUUCGAACUGUUUUCUGGAAUGGUAGUCAUGUUUUGAAUAUAUUGACUUUCUGAUAUUAUUUAAGAUUAAUUUCAUUCAUUCAUUUUAAAUCAUUGCACUAAGUAUAAACAGAUAUUUAUGCAUUAUUUAUUUUCCUAAUUGUUAAAAGUAGUACAGAUUAUGAAAAUGAUACACAAGAGGAUAAGAUACCUAGUUCAGGAUUAGAAUACUUUAAUACCCGAAACAAUAUCAUUAAUAAGUUGAAAAAGUAAUCGACGAAAGAAAAACAUUUUGUAUACCAAACAAAAGUGAUUUUCGAUUGGUGUUUCUAAUAUCUAGAAUGAGUAUGCAUGGAUUCAAAUAUACAUUAUAAAGAAAAGAAUAAAUAUUUUAAAACUACUCAUCUGUUAGUUUCUUGUACAGAACUAUAAUCAGCUACUGCUCAGUGUGCAUAAUAUCGUUAUAUGAUGUUCUGCUACAUUAUUAAAAUAAAUAUAAUGAUAUCUUGUUCA